CACAAACAAACACUGCUGACAAGUCAUUGCUUUGUAUGGUCCUUUGAACACAACAACCGACCUAUAAAUUAUUUUAUUUGCUGGGAGAGUUUCACUUUUAACUUUUCACCAACGUCUGGAUUCUGACACAGUCUUUCUAAUCAAGUUAAUGUGGAUGUGGUCCAUAAUGGGGGUGCCCGGGGGUUUGUUGUGGCUCCUCAUUCUGAGUUUUUCAGAAGGCGUUUCAGUUCAACCAGAACCUAACAGCACAGCAGUUGAGGGGCAGGUCCAUCUGGCCAAUGGAGGAAACAGCUCCUGUUCUGGCAGAGUAGAGAUCUUCCUACGUGGACAGUGGGGGACGGUUUGUGACGAUUUCUGGGACCUGGUUGAUGCUCAGGUGGUGUGUAGACAGCUGGGCUGUGGCAGGGCCAUGUCAGCACCACAAAGUGCACGCUUUGGACAGGGCAGCGGGCCCAUCUGGUUGGAUGAUGUCACAUGCACAGGCAGCGAAUCAAAGCUCAGCGAGUGCAGACACAGGGGGGUUGGAUUCCACGACUGUAAUCACAAUGAGGAUGCUGGUGUGGUCUGCGAAGUUCGACCAGAACCUAACAGCACAGUUUUACCAACCACUCCUCGUCCACCACCUAAGAACUUCACCACCGGUCAAGUGGAAACUACAAAAACAACUGUAGGCAACAGCACAGCAGUUGAGGGGCAGGUCCAUCUGGCCAAUGGAGGAAACAGCUCCUGUUCUGGCAGAGUAGAGAUCUUCCUACGUGGACAGUGGGGGACGGUUUGUGACGAUUUCUGGGAUCUGGUUGAUGCUCAUGUGGUGUGUAGACAGCUGGGCUGUGGCAGGGCCAUGUCAGCACCACAAAGUGCACGCUUUGGACAGGGCAGCGGGCCCAUCUGGUUGGAUGAUGUCACAUGCACAGGCAGCGAAUCAAAGUUCAGUGAGUGCAGACACAGGGGGGUUGGAUCCCACGACUGUAGUCACAAUGAGGAUGCUGGUGUGGUCUGCAAAGGUCGACCAGAACCCAACAGCACAGUUUUACCAACCACACCUCGUCCACCACCUAAAAACUUCACCACCGGUCAAGUGGAAACUACAAACCCAACUGCAGGCAACAGCACAGCAGUUGAGGGGCAGGUCCAUCUGGCCAAUGGAGGAAACAGCUCCUGUUCUGGCAGAGUAGAGAUCUUCCUACGUGGACAGUGGGGGACGGUUUGUGACGAUUUCUGGGACCUGGUUGAUGCUCAGGUGGUGUGUAGACAACUGGGCUGUGGCAGGGCCAUGUCAGCACCACAAAGUGCACGCUUUGGACAGGGCAGCGGGCCCAUCUGGUUGGAUGAUGUCACAUGCACAGGCAGCGAAUCAAAGCUCAGCGAGUGCAGACACAGGGGGGUUGGAUCCCACGACUGUAAUCACGAUGAGGAUGCUGGUGUGGUCUGCGAAGUUCACCCACUACAGCCUUCUCAGUUUAUUUGUGACCGAGAUAAACUCCAAGUGGGCCUUGAUUUGGCUCGCCUUACAUCCUCUGGUUUGAACCCAUUCUCUGGCAAUCUGGCAUCCUACAACUGCUCCUGGGUCAGAGUGCAUGAUGGUUUAGUGUGGUAUGAAGUGGAAGCAACAGCAGGUGCCUGUGGAAACACAUUGAGGACCAACAGCACACAUGCCGUCUACUCCAAUAUUUUAUUCAUCUACCCAAUGAACAACACGUCCUUCAUCAGUCCUGUGAGUCUUCCCUUCUCCUGUUUGUAUCCCCUGGACACAGACACCAGCCUCAAUGUGGCUAUCGGACCAUUUCUGGCGCUGGCAGGCGGCAUUUCAGGCUCAGGUACCAAAGCCAGAGCCUCCAUGUCUCUGUUCCGCACCUCACACUACACCGAGACUUAUCCAGCAGGCCGGGUCACCCUGCCAGUGGGCUCGCCAUUGUAUGUGGGCGUCUCUGUGGAGGAGAGAGAUUCAAGCUUUGCAGUUGUUCUGGAGGACUGCUACGCCACUCAAUCAUCAAACCCUGACGAUUCCAUCCAACACCCUCUCAUCCAGAACAAAUGUCCCACUGACCGCCAACAAGUGUCAGUGAUUGAGAGCGGCUCAUCCCUCCGUGCUCGUUUCUCUGCCCUGCUCCACAAUGAUUAUAGGGACGUUUACCUUCAUUGCAGCCUCAGCCUGUGCGAACGGACGAGCUUCUCUUGUGUUCCUCCUUGCACAAGUAGGACCUAUCGCUCUGUUUCCAACUCUGAUCGUCUGAGUACCCUCAGUAUUGGACCAAUCAUGUGGGACAAGUCACCUGAGUGAGCUGGUAACAGUAAUAAUACAAACAUAUUUCAUAUUGUGAUAUUAUUUUGUUUUUAAGAUAUGUUUUGUUCAUAAGACAUAAGAUUAUAAAAACUGGUGUUUUCAAUUCUAAAAACUUUGUUAAGGUUGGGUUAUUGAAAAAGGUUAUAAUGAAAGUGAAAGUACCAAUACUUUUCUUCUUCUCUGUGUGAAUUACCACUACAGCCCUGAUGUAACUGUAUUUCAUGUAAAUGACUAAGUCUAUUUUUAAAUCCAUUGAUUAUUGUUUAGAUCCAAUGACAAACUGUUCAAAUUGUGGUAUAAACUGUGCAACUGAUAUGUGUGUAUGUGGCAGAAAAUAACUCCGUACCUUGAUAAUGG